GCGAGGCUAAGCUAGUGGGGGCAAAGUUUCAGUACAUUCCGUUGAUGUAGACGGCGUGAAAACGGAAACAAGAAGUAUGCCGGCUCACUGUGCUGCAUACAAUUACACACUACGUCGUACGAUUGAGACAAGGAAACUUGGAAUGACUUUUCAUAGGUUUCCCAGAGACUAUGGGUUGAGGAGGAAUUGGAAGUUUGUCGGCUUAGACCUGGUGUCAUUCCAUCAGUGUUAAACUUCCCGGCUCAUCUUGGAAGAGUACGUGCCAGAAAGACCACGACCAAGCAGCCUUGAGAUCUUAGGCAGCGUCUCCCUGAGGUCCCUCUCUAUCUCCCCACACAUCCACCAACCACUGGAACACAUCUCCAAAGUUCUGCCGGGCCAGCUCAGCUUCCCCUCAGAAGAAGUGCCGCCACCUGCCAGAUGAAGGAGCCUUUUGAGAGGCAGCUGACAUCGUGAUUGGAUUGUACUUUGGUCUGUUCCAAUCCAGCUUCAGCUCCAGAGACGGCAGGCGGGACGAGUCAACGGAGGCCGGGUGGACGAAGACAUGCAGCUGAGUACAAUCCAGAAAACAACAGAGGAGGAGUGCAGCGGCCCAGAGCCAGAACAACCAGAGUAGCAUCGUAUGUCUCUUAGAAAACAUCAUAGUAUAGCCUUUGACCAAAGAACUACAGACUCUUCACAACCUGCUCAAACUCUUGGUACAGGACCUCACCACACGGGUCAAGAAGGUUUCCGUCUCAUUUCUACUCUGAAGCUCACCUUCUCCUGCUCAAACUGCUGACAAAUGUUUCUGCUGCUCUAAAGUCUGGUCUCCAGAACUUCCUAAAGACUCUCAAAGUCUCUUCUGCUGCAGGUUGCUUUGUAGAACUGUUCCAGAAAACCUCACUAAACCACAUGGAGGAGCCUCAAGAUAGUCGUCCAAAUGAAACCAUACAAAAACCAAACUAGCACAACCCAAACACUAAAGUCUCCUGCAGCCUACCAGAGAACCUCUGAGAACAGAGAAUCAGGACAGGAACUCUUACCUUCUGGACAACCAACGUUGGUUCUCAAACAAGAAUACAGAAUGUGUCUGACCAAAAACCUCUGAAGACUCACUACAGCCAAGAUAAAGACACAACUCAGCUGCACCAAAUCCACUAAUCACUGCACACAUUAGGACCAUGUGCUAACUGUGGCUAAAGAACCUCAUUUACCAAGACAACUAUCCAGUACAAAGCCCUAAAACACACCAAGAAACACAUUAAAGACGAUUUUACUGCUGGAAGCUGCAAGCCAACACCUAAAGAACAAACUGAAGCAAUGGAGCCAAACCCAGUUCAGUGGUGAAGACAAGCAGAGGAAAUGUUUGUCUGCAGCUAAAUAAAGCAGGAAGACACUGAGCUGCUCAGGUGUUCCUGAUAACACCAAGCUGCUCAGGUGUUCCUGAUAACACCAAGCAGCCACCUGGACAGCCAAUAGGAACACAGCCACCUGGACGGCCAAUAGGAACACAGCUUCCUGGAAGUCCAGAGGGCUGGGUUAGUGAAGGAAAUUUAAUUUAAAGUUGAAGCAGAAAGUUAACAAAGAAAGUUGAAAACCACCUUCUGAUACCUGAAAUCUCUGAGUUUUCACACAAAGAACACCUGAACAUGUCAAACUGGUUCCAUAGUAGAACCGUCAUUGUAAAAACGUCAUAGUAUGGUGUGUUGCUCAAAAAACAUUAGGACCCGGCUGUCAGGGGACAAACAUGUAAGAAACAUGAGAACAGAGAGAACCCAACCAGUAGGUCACAGUUUAUCAUCCCCCAGUCAUCUCCUGAAGUCCAUAUGGUGAGAGACAUCAGUAUCUGGUUGUUCAUUUACCAGAGGAUGCUUAUAAUCAUGCUGAUGUGGUCUGUCCUCUACAGUAUUUUAGUGACUCAAUAAAUGCCUAAGUUGUUUUUUUAAAUGCUUUUUAGUUUUUAUUAAACAUUUAAUAGCCUAUAUGUAAUCAAUAAAUGGCCUUUGUCUAUCUUAAGAAAAACUCACUCAGAACUCUGAUAUGUUAACAGUACUAAAUAAAUCAAUAAAUACAUGCAUACACACAAAAAUAAGUUAAUACAUUAACUGUGUUAAGAUUUAGAUUUUAAAAAAAAGUUGUUUAUGUUUUUGCAGAAUCCAGUAUUGCUCACUGGUUGGUCAUUACAUUUUGUUAGUUUGAUUUCACUGUUUAAAAUGAUGCCACCUCUUUUCAGACAGAACCUGUGAUAAUAAAACAAUACAAAAUUUUUAGUUCCGUGUUAAUAAAGCACUUAAAGCUUUAAGUAUGGCUAAAUGCUUUUUUCAAAAUUAAAUAUAUCACUCCUUAGGUGGUAGUGGCCCCAAGUUCAGUAAAGUUGGAAAGAUAUUCACAGAUUCGGGCUUCCAGCAUCAAUAACUCGUUAGAUAUAGGUUGUCAAAACAUAAACGGUGCCUCUUUCCCAUUGUUGCAAGGCAGACAAUGUGCUACAAGCCCAGUUUUAUCAAAAGUAGCUGUCUUUCAAGCUACAGGAAUAACAUUGAUGUCUAUGGAGUGAACAGGGUCUGUCUGCAAUUUGCAAAACCACUGCAACAGUAAAGAGAGACAAAUAUUCAAUAACUUCACUCUUAUACAUUGUAGUGUCACUAAAAUCACUGCAGCCUUCAACUGGCUCCUGUUGACAAAGUGUUUUAACAGAAAUGUAAAUGCUGUAAUUUGAUUCUUUUAAUGAACCAUGUAACUUGAAUGGAUGUGAUGCUGGUGUGACCACAGUGCACACGUCUGAUGUUGCUCACAGUGGUCCAAGGGACGCUCAGGGAGUUUGUGUGUUUGCUCAGACUCAGGAAAAAUUAGAGGGAACAUUGCUCUCCACCCUCCUGCUGCCUCCAGUCUCUCUUCCUUCCCCGCUGCUUAAUCCGUCUCCUUCUCAGAGGCUCUUCCAAGGUCACCAGGUUGCCAUGGGGACAUCAGGCGUAACCCCGGUGACGGCGCCAGUGGGGUUUUGUGUGAUCGUUGCCCUGCUCAUCACAAGGUCGACUGGGUUAGUCUGUUACACUGCAGUGGAAUCACUGGACUUAGGUUGCCUCCUGCAGUGGGAUUGUCCCCAUGCCAGUCCUAAUACCACCUACACCGUGCAGACAAAGACUCAGGGGGACCCCUGGCAGGACGUACCGUGGUGUGUCUGGAUCUCGUCCCACAACUGCGACGUCUCUCACGCCUUUUCAAACUUCGAGCUGUACAACAUGAUUCGUCUCGGCGUCCACCUCAACCCCAGUUCCACCGUCUGGAUCAAGCCACGCAAGUUCGACUACAGUGACUUCACCUUCAGCCCUCCGUCCAUCUCCGUCUCUUUGAAAGACGACCAGCUGCUGGUGAAGGUGCAGUUCCCCUGUGCUUCCAACAGGAGGUGCUCCAUGGAGAGGUGCUGUCCCAUCUCUCAGCUGAUCGACCCCUGGACCACAGUGACUCUGUACAACCAACUCAACCGCUCUGAUUACCAGAGCCGUACGGUUUGGACCCAGGAGGUGAUGUCUUAUGUGGAGUUCUCUGGUUUGUCUCCAGGUCAGAAUUACUGCGCUGUGGCCAACUUCUCCUUCCCAACCUUCUCCAUGGCUGCUUCCUCCAAAUCUGCCCCUCAGUGCAUCCAAACCGCCUCCGAAUCAGGGCUGCUGCCUGUGAUCUUUCUGGGAGUCUGUCUCACUUCUCUGCUCGUUUUUCCGCUCAUCACCACGCUUCUGCCAAAAGCGAGACGAGACGCAGCAACGGCUGAAAAUCAACCCAAGACUCCGGCAUCUGUUCCUGAUCCAGUCUCUUCAGUUCCUCCGUCUCUGGUCCCAGUCGACCCCUGUGACAUCCACCUGGAGCUCACCGACGACCACAUCUCCACUGAGGACCUGAACUCAGGGAUGGGAAACACAAACUCUAGUGCAUCGUACUGGAACAUCAGAGGGAAGGAACUAGACUGAGGCCUGUAUCUCCUCAGGGGAGACAUGUAGGACAAAUGGAGACUAAAAGACUGACAGAGUGUUUGCUCUGUGGAGGUAUGUGUCUGUAAACCUGGGAUUUAUUGUGCGCUAUGAGGAAGGAGAAGAAGAAACUGCUGCAAGUUCCAGUUUGAACUUCUAUCACACAGUGGGGAAGCUACUGGGGUGCUGCUAUGUAUCAAUAUUGCUUUGUAAAAUUACCAGAAGUCCAGUUUUAGAUCUAGAUUUGACACAGUUAGAGAAUCAAAGUCACUAUUUAUUAUAUUUAAAACAAGGGAAAAACAAUGUGAGAUCCCUGAGGAGUCAAAUUCUGUAAGAACUCGGUCAUCUUGCAGGAAACUUGUUGCAGUAACCAUAAAAACAACAAGAACAAUAAGUAUUUUUAGAACUGAACUUUAAAGCCAACAUUGAUAAGUUGUCAUCAAAUUGUUCAGGGAAAAGUAAAACUGUAGAUGUUACAAUUUCCUGUACAACACGGUGAGAAUCUUGUGAUACAACUCAAGAACAGCUACUAAAUGGAUCCUCAGAAAUCAGGGAUUGAACCUUUAAUGUAUAAACAAAACUUCAAAACCUCUUACCAUCUUUCACUGACCUUUAAAUUGCACUUUGUUGGAUUCUUGAUAUAGAUUCAGUUUGGUUAAAAAAUGGAGCUAAAUUAAUUGUAAAUGGAUUCUCUGAGUUGGUCAGAAGGCAGCCAUCACCUUCUUUGAGCUGUAAGGUUCAAAGAAGGUUCAAAGAAGGUUCAAAGGUUCACUUUGUGUGCAGGAGUUUUAUUUAGCAGCAUAUUGGCUCCUUUCCACCUCUUCAGGUGCUGUUCUUGUACUUGGCCCUGAUCUUUCACCUUGUUGCUGAGAGAAUCUGGGACAGAGCCAGAAACUGAUCAGUUACUGAGAGCUCAUCAUUUUCCUGCAGCAGAUGACCUCUCACAUGAUGAUUCUGUCAAGUGACAGAAGUGUGGCUCCAGUCUGAAACCUCUGAACGUUCGUCAGCCUGAUAUGAGUCAGAGGACUGAAGGUUUCAGAGCUUAGGCUGCUGAGUGAUGACCACCAGUGAAGCAGAGAUAGUUUAUCUGGCUGCUCCAAGCAGAGCUGUUUUUCUGUUUGUUCACAUAUGAAUCUGGUCUCGGUUCUUCCUCUCUCUGAGGUCCAGUGCCACUGAACACCGAGUCCAAACCAUGAGCUUCAUAAACAAGAACUAAGCAAACUUCUGACCCCCCACAUGCAGCCAGCAGCUCCCUCAUGCUGCUCUUCUCCCCCAAAAGUGAUAACAAAGGGCUGUUUUUUUCUGUCUUUCGCUGCUGAUGUUUGUGACUCACAGUUGCCCCAUCAGAGCUGCGCUGCCUCUGACCCGUCACCGACAGCUCAUCCUGAACCCAGGAACAUCUUGACAUCUCGCUUUUCUGCCUUCUGUUUUGCUGGUGUUGCAUUCUUUCCGCAACAUUGGGGAGCCUUGCGGCUUUGGCCGUCCAACAUUGUUUGUUUCCCCAUCGUGCUUUUCCAGAGUCCACAGAGACCCAGGGGGGGGGAUCCAGAGCUGCAGCCAGUCGUACGGCUGUUAUUAAUAAGCACAGAGCUCACAUUGUGUUGAGAUGAUUAAUGUGGAGAGCAGAAAGCUGGCCGGUGUGAGGAGCACCUGACUACACAAUAGUCGAGCUGCUGUUCCCUCCAGAAGCAGGAACACUUUUUUCUUUUUUCUAUUUGUGAUAACUUUCCUGAAUCUCUCCGCUGACCUGGAUCUGACUCUGCUUAUUGGUGGAUUAUGAGUGUAUUUUGGCAUCUGCAGUCUGUUCCAGCCCACUGACUCCUGAGGUGACCUUGUUUCUUGUAAUAAAUUCUACCAUGAGAUCAGGAUUUUUGCUCUUAAAACUGACCUUUUCCAUAAUUAUCAUGGAAUAUGCCAACAUUUAAUCUGAUAAUGAGUGUAAAUGUGUUCCAAAGGUUAUCAAACUGUGGUUCUCCUGCUAGUUUAAAUUAGAUAAACUAAUUUACAAGCUCACUAAAUCGUGCUGGCAGUGGUAGCUGUUUAAAUUUAGUUCUGAAUGCAACUUUAAUGCAUGUUUGUUUUUCACAGUUACAAGACUACUUUUAAAAUUAUUUAAUAAUAAUUAAAUGGAUUUAAUACCUAGUAAUAAAAAGUUAGUGAAUAAAUGCAUUUUUAACAGGUUGGUCUUAUGUUCACAGCAUGUUCUUUGUUUUUUUAAUUCUGUCUUGAAGCAGUAGUCACAUGUCCACAUGGAUAGUGGAGCUACUAUCAGUGGGUCUGCUCCUUUAGUCUUUACCGGCUCUGAAGAGAUUCCUAAACUAAACCAACUUGACUCAUGUGAGGCAAAAAUUCCCUCUUUGUUUUUUCUGACCCUCCACAGCAGUUUAGUGACAAAACAGUAAUGUAGUUAGAUGGUAGUUGUAUUUGCAAUACAAGAGAUGGAUUUAAGAUCAUUUUAUCUCAAGUCAUUCUAUUCUUUUGAACACUGUCAGCAACUAAUAAAGAUAAAAAUCCUAACAUUUUCACUUAUUUUUCAUCAUGCCAUUGAUUUUGAAUUUGUAAAUUUGGAUUUGAAAUUAUGGGUAAGUUGUAAUACAUAAAAAAAAGAGGAUAACAUCGUGAAAACCCACACAUCUGAGCACAAAUUACCGAAAAAAAGAGGUAAUGCAGAAGUCAGGUAGUGAUAUUUUCUAAACCAUGUGUAGCUGCAUGUCACAGUAAAACAAAACAUAUAGAAAACUUUCUAAUAUGAAAUAGUUGACCACAAAAAUGGAAAAAACUGCAGGUAUGACAAAUUGUACCACAAAAACUACUAGACAGCCUGAUGUAAGUUCAAAAAUGAUUUUCCAAAUAUAAUUAAGGAAAUAAUUGUGGGACUAUUUCUCAUUUUUAGACCUACUUUGUUGGCAUAAACCUUGGUUUAGAAGAGACUUGUCAUGUAGAUUUGUGUAACUUCUGAUCAUUAGGAUGAUCAGUAUAAUAUGACUAUGACCACCUAUAGAUCUGUUGGAUGGUGGGCUUUUUCUAGUGGGAAAUUUUCAUUCCUUGACAUACGUUUAGUGGUAAUUUGAUAGACUUAUGCCAGCAAGACUUAAGUGGUAACUUUAUUCUGAUGGUAAUUAUGGAAAUUUUGAUCCUGUCAUCAGCAUUUCCACAUAGAUUCUCUUGCUUCAUGUUCCACUGGGAAUAAACUUGGCCUUCGAGACCAAAGUGACAAGCUGCAGAAAGUUAAAGUGUGAGUUCAUCUUUAUUUAUAGUAACUGCUUAAUAGUUUACCUUUAAGCAUCUCCUCCAAUAACAGUUCACUCUGCCUAUAAAGUGGAGUCUAAAAAUAAAAAACAUGCCUAUGAAUAUAAUAGUUUAGGCUAUCUGGCAAUAUUUAAUUUUUAGUGGUACAACUUAUCAUAAAUGCCCAUUUCUCAGUUUGUGUAUUUUAUAGUAUCAACUUUUCUAUAUGUUUGUAUUAUUGUGACAUGCAGCUCCAUGUAGUUCAGAAAAUAUCACUAGUUGUAUUCUGUAAUAUCCCUGUGCAAGAUUCUGAAUCCGUGGCAUGAUGAGAAAUUUCAUUGAGCAAAAAAUGUUAAAUUGAUGUAUCAAUGUAAAAUUUCCCUUUAUACUUUUUAAAAUAUGUAUUUGAAUAAUUCUGUCCAGCAGUAGCUUCAUACAGCAGACUCUAAAAACUUCACUAACCAACAGCCAACUUGUCAGAACAAACCUUAAGAAAUGUAUAUCUUGAGCUUCCAUCACAGACCAGCUGCUGCUUCAGGUCUGUCUUGGGUCUGGCAGGAAAUGCUUAGUCAUUCGCUCAGUGACUCAUCAACCCUCUGGGGGUUCAACUUGUUUCUGCCCCCAGCAUUGACAGCAUUAACAUCCACAGAUGGUCAGACAGGCUCAAUUAAGAAGCACGUUGCGCAUCAUAAACGCUACAUAGCAGCACUUUUUGGGCUAAAAUGAUGAAAAAUAUACACUGCUUUGGAAAUACGCUGAGCUGUGAGUAUGUUUAGUUGUAACAACAGUCUUUUAUUUGGCCUUACCUGUCAUUCAUUCAUUCAAUAAUUAAUAUACAUGAUAUAUACAUGAGCAAACAAAGAUGUGCAUGUCCUUGUUAACUGUCUUGCAGUAAAGGUUGGCAGUGCAUUCUUGGCCUUUUAA